AUGGAGGAGCAGCGCCAGAAGCAAAAAGAGCGCCGCAAGGCACACAGAAGAAAAGUUCGGCACCUUAAGCGCGAGGCGGCAAAGAAAUCCGAUGCCGAGAUUGUUAAGGGGAUGGCCCGUUUGCGGAUCGCGGAGCGGAUUGCGGCGGGAGAGGAUGUCGCUUUUGAUGAGGACGAGGAUGAGGAAGAGGAAGAUAGGCUCUGGACUACGGUCCUCGGUAAUUGGAGUCUGCCGGAUGAGGACGAUGAUGAUGAUGAUGAUGAUGAUGAUGUGCGUGGGGGAGCUGGUGGGCUCAGGGGUUCAUUUGGGGGAGGUAGCGGUGAUACCGGCGGCCAAAGUGCAAGCCAACCCCUUCUUUCCGGAAAUUAG